AAACCUUCCCUGGCCAAAACAAAUUCACAAAGGAAGUUUUAAAAAUGUUUGACAAUGGCAGUUUUUCUAGCAAAAUCUGGAUAGGUUAAUGCUGUCAAUAUGGCUGCGCCCUGCAGCGAAAGUUGAAAGGUGUCUGCUGUGGAAUGAAAAGUCUGUUUAUAAUCAAUAAUGUUCAGUAUACAAGUUCGAGAACCAUACGAAAGUUAACUGCUUGGCACUAGAUCUAGUCUAUAAAAGCAUUACAGUUUUCAUGCAAUGGCAUUUCUACAACCAAUCAGGUCAAAUGCACUCUCAUCGACCCGAUCCCUUUGCCUUUUCACGGCGAGCCAAGUCAAGAUCAAGCCGGGAACGUACUUGUCUUGUAAUACCAGAUCUACAUUUAGAUCUAGAUCUAGCCCUGCACAUCAUGCAUCGUAUCUGCACACUAUGCUAAUACCCCAAACAGUCAAUGUAAGAUCUCUGCACAUAAACUCCCACCAUUCAGUAGAUCUAUCCAAUGCAUCCUGUGGAUUUUUUCCUUCUUCCAAUUUAUCUCUUCACCAAAGUCAAAGACGAGAAAGGGGUUUGAGUUUCAGUUUGAACUUUUUUAGAACCAAGUAUUCAAGUUCAGGACUUUUUACUGAUAGAAAUAGUGGCGGAUCUAGAGUAAAAAAUUGUGACAGACACGUUGGAAAAAGCAGUCGCCAUAGCUUGAAUUAUGCCAAUUACAACACAGACAGACAUAGACUACGUAGAUUACGUGACAGAACAAAGCAAAGAAUUUCAUCGAGAGUUUUAAAGUGGAAAAACACACUUUCGUUGAAAAACAGAAGUGCAAAAGAACACUUGUCUGUUCAUAGGCGGAGAAGUGAAAUUGCUGUUACCAAGCUUCGCAGGAAAUUGAAUACUGGUGUUAAGGAAAAUAUUAAAACAAUACCUAACUUGCUGACUACUCUGCGGAUGGGAUCUGCCCCAGUGCUGUCAUAUCUAGUGGUGAAUGAACAUUUUGGACUUGCUUUCAGCAUAUUCGUUGUUGCUGGAAUUACUGAUCUGCUGGAUGGCUACAUCACUCGGAAUUUCAAGAAUCAGAGAACAGCACUUGGCACAGCUCUCGACCCGCUGGCCGACAAACUCCUCAUCAGCUUCCUCACAGUGUCUUUGACCUCGGCUGGUCUGAUACCAGUUCCUCUUACGGUUCUCAUCUUGGGCAGAGAUGCUGGGCUCAUUGCUGGCUCGUUUUACGUCCGUUACACCUCCCUGGCUCCACCAAGAACUUUGUCCAGGUACUUUGACGUGUCACAUGUCACAGCCAAGCUCUACCCUUCUCUGAUCAGCAAGGUGAACACGGCAUUCCAGUUGUCCUAUGUGGCAUGCACUUUAGCUUCACCAGUCUUUGACUUUGUCGGACACCCUUGGCUACAGGCUCUAAUGUACACUACAGCCACCACAACCUUCCUCUCUGGGGCUGACUAUGUCCUGACCUGGAGGAAGAGGUUAAAGAUCAUCAAAAACAAUUAGUGAAGAUUCUAUGCAAAAGUGUGGACUCCACUGGUCCCUGAGGACCACCGUUAUGCUCUUUAUACUUUGUUGCAAAGUAUAAAGAAAACUGUAAGGCUAAGUAUUGUUGCCCUGUUCAUGUUCUUGAGAGCACGAGACGUGUGAGCUUGAAUAGAUCCGCAAACAGUGUGACGUGUGAUUCUUACUGUGAGUCCCCUGAAAAUUUGAGCUGUUUUCUUCUACUGUGUGACUCCUCUAUGAUGUGUAAGUUAGCCUUGCCUAUUGCAAGGAUGCUUUUUUGUGCAAAAUGGCACACCCAGGAUGUAUGAUUUUGGCUAAGAAUAAAGGUCGAAAUUUGUAGAUCACCAAGAAAACCUUAUUUUUUAAAUCUGUAACUGUCUACACAUCUUGAGUGAUCCCCCAACCAAAGCUGUAAAUAUUGUUAUUCUUUUGUAAUUGUGUUUUCCUUAAUCUUAAGGUCUAACGUGUGUUGAUAUAGAGAAAAACUGAUGGAGAAUUGACCAAAACUGCCUUCAAGUUUUUAUUUGGAGUAUAUGAAGUUUGUACAAUGUGAGUUGGGAUAAGAAUUCGGUGAUCGUUGGAUUGAGUCUUCCAUUCAUGACGGGCAGUCUGUUUUUGAAAAUAUUUGAACAAUUUUGCAACAAAUUAUGACACAUCUAUUUGUCUGGUUUUGAGAAAAUUGAAGAAUUUCUAUUCUUCACCCAUUUACUUAAUCAUCUUGAGCAACUUUGUUUUUAUAGUAUACAUGAUGUAAGGCUUAGUUGAUAUUUAUUGUAUGGGGAAAUCUAUGUUGGAUGCUCAUCCUUAAUUUUGAUGAGAUCUCCACAUAUUUUUGACAAACCGCGACAUUUCGACAUUACAAUAACAAGGAAAGGAAAGAAUGGCUAACAAACUUUGGUCGACUACAAGUGAAAUCUUGCGACUCACAGAAAGAGCUUGACAGGCACGGAGAGGAUAUGUUUUGGUUUGUAAAAAAAGGUCUACCAUACCUCUUUUGUUGCAUUUUGUUAAAAAAGGUAUCACUUUCUGCAAUUUUUUCAAGAGGAAAACCACUCUUUGUAAAAAAUAUAAUUGACUAUGGAACAGGCUUCACCAUUUUAGAUACGACAGUUAUAAUUUUGACCAAAAACUGUUCAUCUUUACUUCCAAGUAGCAGACUGAUUGUAGAUUGGCAGAAAAGGAUUUGGAAUAGACCUUAUAAGUUACGAAACAUUUGUUUUCCAUUCUUCUUUGUGUAUAAUUAAGUCACAGCCGGGUAUACUAGAUUCUAGUCGUGAUCAAAGUAUUUUUGUUGCAUUUAAGUGAAUCUUGCAUCCAUAGAAUUAAUCAUGUUCAACUUUCUAUUUCGCUGAGACUGAGCUUUCAGUAGAAACAAGGUCAGACAACAUGAGCAUUUUUGGGUUGACAAUUCAGAUCUGUUGAGUACUCUACCCAAUAUCUGUCCUUCCUUUCAUCACACUUUAUACUUCUUACUGUAAAAUUCACGUUUUUUUCGAUCACUGAUUUUCAGUAGUUGUUUUAUUUUUGCUUUUGCUGCGCAUUUGAGUGUAAGUUUGUCCUGACUUGUUUAUGUUUUUGAUAAGGGAAGGUUUGCAGCCGUUGAUUCCUUCUUAAUCUUAAUGUACUGGAGUGUGAAAACGACUCUAAUUUUUUCCCCCCUUUCAGUUUUGUAAGGAUUUUUUUUUCAGAAAAUCUCUUAAUUUUGGUCUGUAAGUGAUUUGUAGGUGUGGUUAUACUGUUGGAACUUUCAACUUUGGCUGUGACUCAGAAAGGUUAACCUGCUUCUUGCACUAACAAUUUAGUUUUGUUUUGUGAUGAAAUGAAAAGACAUUUAAAUGUAUCUGAAUCACAGUGAUAUUGAUUAAAUGUUUCCUUUAUUUUCUUGUCAGUUGUGAACAAGGCUCGAGAUGAGGGGCACUAAUAAUUGUCAUGAUUUUAUUUUCAGUCUUUGCUAAUGUUACGCCUGUUUGACUUUAUGAAAUUAUGCUUGUCCUUUGAGAUCUCCGUCAAGAGAGUAUUCAACAUGGUUUUCUCUGUAAGAAACAAGUCUAUAUAUAUCUUGCUCGCUCUGUGUCCGCCGUGACCUUUACCCUCCUUGCCAUGGUCCCCUGAGCCCUCAGGACACCAACACCGGAGUUCUGUUGCGUUGACCGCUAGGUUUAAACCACUACAUCAACUACAUGUGUUUGGUGCUUACAACGGUCAAGUUAGGGCUCACUCAGGUCUACAGGGUUAAAGCAGAUAUCUCAAGUACAGUCAGGCACAGAAUACCACGGAUGCCGUAGCUUGUACAGUUUGCCAUUCACUGACCGAUAUCUCUUUAACUUUUUGCUGAAUUAUGGAUGUGUCGAACACCUUUGUCAAUCCGGAACGUGUUUGAAUUAUCCAUGCCCAACUGUAUUCCACGUUCAAAUAGAACAUUUUAAUUAGGGCUACGAAUUGGUCAGCUUUUUGUUGAGGAGAGAGGUGCUUUGGUGUGGUUUUCAUGUUGCAAAUAAAAGUUGUUAAUGUUAACUA